AUGGCGGUCGUAGAGCACUUCUCGAAAGUGAUCACUUUCUACCGACUCCUUGCACUGCACCUGAUCAGCUCAAAGGGCACCAUUACCAGCCGCUGUGAAAUCGUACUCUACAUUGCUCUCAACGUUUGCAUCAUAUCCGUGCUCUGUAACUGGAUCUACAACCACCAACAAGAGGUGAUCUUCACUGACAACAUAAAAGGAUACCUGGUGGAUUACUCCAAAUUUCUUCUGAUCGUGUUCACCUACUACUCGUUGGUGAUUGAAAACGGCCUGCGUAACCGUGUGCUACAGGAAGUCUGGCGAGAGCUGGAUCGACUGCAACUUAGCAUCCCACGUGCCGAUUGGUCGUCGCAACAGCGCAAACAUUUCGUCCUUCUCGCUUGCUUCAUCAGCUACAUGUCCUGGUGGGAGCUGACAUACGCGUACUGCGUUCCCCAGUCAAGGCGAGGGACCAACUUCACCGUAACCUUUUGGGUGCUGUUUCUGUUGCUUCACCUCCGGCAACUGCAGAUUGUGAUGUACACCGAUUUGUUGGGUUUUUGUUUAGCCUCUCUGAACGUCGAGCUUACAUGGACAAUCGAGCUCAGCAAGGGCGCCAGCCGAUUCGGGGGUAUCCGAACUGACGGACAGAUCUAUGAACACCUGCGAUCGCUCAUGGAGGCGUUCGGUCGGGUUGAGUGGUUGGUGCAGCUACUAAACCGAACGUUCGGUUACUCAUUCGCCAUCAUCAAAUACACCAACCACACGUACAUACUAACCGACUCGUACUGGAUCGUGUACGGGUUCACACAUGGUCGGGUCCUGAACUCCUUGUAUUUGCAAUGCUGCCUGUCGUCCAAAUUUAUCUGCCUCAUGCUGAACCUUCACUCGAACGAGCAGAUCGAGCAGCAAUGCUGCCGGAUGCGCGAGCUUCUACAUCGGUUCGAUCUCCGGUGGCAACUCCGGUGUGAUCGAGGUUACCAGAUGGUGCAAAGCUUUCUUCAGCAGCUAGAAUUCUCGCAACCUCUUGCUUUGACCGCGGUAAGCAUGUACCGAAUGGAUUAUGUCGUCAUGAUGCAGGUAUGGCAAGUAAAAACACCUCUCAAUCACUUCUACUAG